CAUUGUUUUCUAAGUGUCAGGACUGAAAGUAGACAAUGGGUCAAGCUGCCCCCAAAACAUUUGGAUUCUUUGCAUCGGAACUACACAUAAACAAAAAUAGCAUGAGGCUUUUUAUUUUUUUCUUCCCUGAAUGGUUUUUGGAAAUGAGUCAUUAGACAACACAGCUCCUUCUCCUUGGCUGGUAUUGUGUCACAGUUCAUUGAGUGAUAGGUCCAACAUAGCAAGAAGUCAGUAGAGGUUACGUCAGUUCAAAUGCCUUGUUUAAUUAUCAACUACUGCUCUGUCUGCGGGUAAUCUCUCGGUGAUAUAUAUAGGUUAAUUACAAGACAGGACGGACACUGACUACUAAGCUCUUGCCAAAGUAGGAAGAUGAAGGUAACGGUCUUGAUCCUUCUACCCCUGGUUUUCUCUGCGACCACGCAGAAAAAUGAAGAAGAUGCCGAUUUCGUGUCUUUACCCACAGAAACCAGGUCCAGAUUUGCUAUGCUGGACGAUGUCAGAAUUUUAGCCAACGGUCUCCUGCAGCUCGGCCACGGCCUGAAAGAUUUUGUCCACAAGACUAAAGGGCAGAUCAAUGAGAUCUUGCAGAAACUGAACGUUUUUGACAAGUCCUUCUACGACCUGUCGGAACAGACCAACGAGAUCCGGGAGAAAGAGGUGGAGCUCAAGGAGCAGACCUCAAAGCUGCAAGAGAAUAAUGAGGAGCUGAAAAACUUAUCGAAUAAAAUCUACUCCCAGAUGGAAUAUCUCCAACAAGACAAGGUCCAGCUUCAGACCAAAAUCGUCAGGCUGGAGGAGAAGCUGAAUCAUAUUACGGAGGGGCAGCAUGGAGAACAAGACCACAAAGAGGUAGCUGCACUCAAACAUUACGUGGAGCAACAAGAUAUUAACAUCCAACGUCUGUUGAAAGUGGUCCAAACUCAAAACACCCAACUCGAUUACCAAAACGGACAAAUAAAGGACCUGGAAGAUAAGCUCAGCAACGUCAGCUUCCCGAACAGUAUAAGGAGUUUACCUGCCAGCCAGCGCCUCGAUACCCACUCAUCUGUACAUCCAAACAACUCCACGGAGUCGACGCAGGAGCCAAACGGCCAGCCACGAGACUGCAAUGAUAUUUAUAACCAGGGUGAGCGGACCAGCGGCAUCUACACAAUAAGGCCCAACAAAAGCGAAGAAUUCAGCGUCUACUGUGAAAUGACUUCAGAUGUGGCCUGGACAGUGAUCCAGAGACGGGCAGAUGGGUCUGUGGAGUUUAACCAAACGUGGGAAGAUUACGCUAAUGGUUUCGGUGACCUUGCCGGUGAAUUCUGGCUGGGCCUGAAGAAGGUCUACUCCCUGUCCCAGCAAGGAGAUUAUAUCCUCCACAUAGAGCUCCAGGACUGGAAGGACAACAGGCGGUUUGUGGAAUACUUGUUCACCCUGGGGAAUGAAGACACCAGUUACACACUGCAACUCUCUCAGGUCCUAGGGAACAUCCCCAGCGCUCUCUCGGAAUAUACGCCGCUCCAGUUCUCUACCAGCGAUCACCAAUCCCAACAUCUGAAAUGUCCUACAGAGAUAUCAUCAGGCGGAUGGUGGAAAGCAACCUGUGGCGGGACAAACCUUAACGGCAAGUACAUUAAACCCAAAGGAAGGGCGAAAGCAGAAAGACGACGCGGACAAGGCUUAUACUGGAAACCAGAGAAAGGCAGAAUGUACUCGCUCAGGUCUACCAAGAUAAUGCUUUACCGCACUGAUCUGGAGAAUUUCGACUAGCGCCAAAGCGUGGAACGGUUCCUAAGAGACAUUUUGCAAUACUAUGCCGGAACCGAUUUACACAUAACUAACCAAACACUCAAACACACAGCUGUUAGCAAUUCAGCAGACAAAGGACGGUCCGGCAUGUUCAAUAACCACGUAACUCCAGCUCGGCAGGAAAUACUGCAGUAUUAAAAUGGUAUCUACCAAUGAAGCGCUUAUUAUGUACAGUAUAUAACACACCAGGCAGGCUUUCAAGAUCACACUUCCAAUGUUCUGUUACAAGCAACGACAAAGUAGAAGGUUUUGCAUAAGUUCGAAAAUACAUGGUCAUAAUUAUUUCAAGUCCUUUUACAGACGAACUGUUUUGCAAAAACUAGAACAUUGUUAUAACAACGUAAACGAGUAAUAGUUAUCAUAGCCGUCUGCCUCUAGCAGUGAGCAGAGAAAGGAGAUGGGGGGUACAGAGUGUGUGCUCCUCAGCCUAUUUAGGAAAUGAUUGCAACAUAUAAAUCCCCACACUUCACUUUCCACCAGAAGGCAGCAAUAACUGUAUAAUAUACUAAUCAUUUAGUCAAUCGGGGAAUCUGAGUUUUGCAAAGUUAAUACGGAGUUACCUUCAGUCUUGAAAAACAUUUAAAACCGAUUUACAAGUUCUAUUUAAAUAUGACCUCAUGACGCAACAAUGGGGUUCUUAAACGUACAUAUAUUAAGUCAUAUUGACUUACAGCUAUUCUGUACUGUAAACGAUUAUAUUAGUGAACUUUGCAGAUGUCGUUUCUAGACAAUGGACAUAUAACUUCAGAAAUAUGCUUCGGAGUCAGGGCUUUUUUUUAUCAUAUAUAAGUGUUAUUAUUUUAUGCACAUUAAUGUAAUAUAACAUUGUUUUUAAUAUGUUUUGUUAUAACAAAGCUAAAGGACAAUAAACUUUACCGUUGUCUAAAUGUUCAACAA